AUGCCGAUGCACCCAGUGACAUCCACGCUGAUGUACCGGGGGAUGUGCACCAUCCCAGACAUGCUCUCGUACAGCGCCCCGGUCAACCUCCCCGAGGACGAGGUGGAAGUCACUUUCCCCAAGCAGUCACUGUCCCUGUGCAGUCUCUGUCCCCGUGCAGUCUCUGUCCCCGUGCAGUCUCUGUCCCCGUGCAGUCUCUGUCCCCGUGCAGUCUCUGUCCCCGUGCAGUCACUGUCCCCGUGCAGUCUCUGUCCCCGUGCAGUCUCUGUCCCCGUGCAGUCUCUGUCCCCGUGCAGUCUCUGUCCCCGUGCAGUCACUUUCCCCGAGCAGUCACUGUCCCUGUGCAGUCUCUGUCCCCGUGCAGUCUCUGUCCCCGUGCAGUCUCUGUCCCCGUGCAGUCUCUGUCCCCGUGCAGUCUCUGUCCCCGUGCAGUCUCUGUCCCCGUGCAGUCACUUUCCCCGAGCAGUCACUGUCCCUGUGCAGUCUCUGUCCCCGUGCAGUCUCUGUCCCCGUGCAGUCUCUGUCCCCGUGCAGUCACUGUCCCCGUGCAGUCUCUGUCCCCGUGCAGUCUCUGUCCCCGUGCAGUCUCUGUCCCCGUGCAGUCUCUGUCCCCGUGCAGUCACUGUUCAACUGCUGGUUUCCCGCACAGAGGAGUGUCUCCUCUACUAG